AUGGAGUGGCUCUCAAAGACGUGCAACAAGGCCUGGAGCUCCGGCACGCUGGACUUUACGAGCGCGCAGGAGACCAAGAAGGCGCAGUACGACCUGCUCAAGCGGCACAUGGGGCUCGCAGUCCGCGGAUGCCUCGCCGACUCCCUCGUCAUGUCCGACCCCCAGCUGGCGACCUUCCUCCGCUUCGUCGAGCAGUGGGACCUCGCAGACCACGCGUACACCGAGCUCGAGGACGCGCGCCUCCGGAGGAUCUACAACGACUUCACGUGCGAGGUCAACCACUUCCUCCAGCGCCGUGGGGGCGCGGCGAGGCUCAUGGCCAGGCAGAUUAGGGGGUAUUACUCGCUCGACGAGAAUGUCGACAUCGUCACGCCUGGCCUGGACGCCGAAGCCGUCCUGAAAGAGCUCGCGGCCUCGACCGAGGCCGAGAUCCGGCGCCUCUCUCCACCAGCAACCCUCCCCGCCGAGGCGCUCGCCGACCCGAUCCCACUGCCCGCCAGCGCGCGGCAGUGCAUCACGCACGCCAACGUCGUCAUCGACGCGGUAUCCAAGGCCGACUCGGAAGGCCUCCUGCACCGCGGGCGCCUGUUCCCGUCCGCGGGGCUCGUCGGCGCGCCGACGCACGCGCAGGUAAAGUACGAAGUGACCGAGUUCUACCGCCUCAAGGAGGGCAAGGACGGCGCAGUGUUGGGUUUUGUGGGGCAGGAGCGCAGCAACGGCGUGCACUCUAGCCUCGCGGGGCUGGCCGCUUGGCGCAAGUGUAACCGCCGCGGAGGAGGCAAGCCCGCCGUGAGGAGAACAAGCGCCGACAGCGCGGGGUCGAGUGCCGGCUCGGAAGUCGACACGAGCUUCGUGUCAUCUGUCGCGUCGAGCGCCGACAGCGACGGCGAGACGGCGUAG